AUGACGGAUCUAUUCACCUUUAGCGUGGCGAAAGGACCUUCCCCCCCGGUGGCGGCUCGGAGUGGGGUGUUUUACCUCCCGCAUGGACCCGUUCGGACGCCCAUUUUCAUGCCGGUGGCGACGCAGGGCGCCCUCAAAGGGAUCACCGUGCAGCAGCUGGAGGAGCUCGAGGUGGAGAUCAUCCUCGCGAAUACCUACCAUCUCGGCUUACGCCCGGGCGAGGAGGCGUUUCGGGAGAUCACCAAACGAAAGAACGCCCGUGCGGCGGGCACCUUGACCUCUUUGGAGCACCCCGCGAAGGCCCCUCAGCCUUCUUUGGAUAGGGUUCGGGAUAACAUGGAUGGCAUUCAUUUCCUUGAGGGCUGGCGAGGGAAUAUCCUCACCGAUAGCGGUGGGUUUCAGAUGGUGAGUCUCCUGCGGCUGGCGGAGAUCACGGAAGGGGGGGUUCGCUUCCAAUCCACGCACGGCGGUGGCGGGCGGGCGGCACUGCGCGGCCGUGAUGGCGACCCCCCUUCUCCAGAAGGCGCGGAGGAAUCCUCGCCCUAUGCCCUUCUCCUUCGCCCGGAGGAUAGCAUUCGGAUCCAAAACGCGAUCGGGGCGGAUGUCAUGAUGCAGCUCGACGACGUCGUGCACGUGCUGACGACCGGUCCUCGGGUGGAGGAGGCGGCGAAGCGGAGUCUGCGGUGGUUGGAUCGCAGCCUCGCCGCGAACGAAAACGAGGCGAAGCAGUGCAUCUUCGGGAUCGUGCAGGGCGCGUUGGAUCCCACGUUGCGGCGGGAGUGCCUGCGGGAGAUCACGAAACGAACGGCGUGCAAGGGUUUCGCGAUCGGAGGGCUCAGUGGGGGGGAGGCGAAGGACGACUUUUGGCGGAUCGUUCGCCUUUGCACUUCCGAGGGCGGGCUCCCAGAGGAGAAACCGCGCUACUGCAUGGGGGUUGGUUACCCGGAGGAUAUCCUUGUCUGCGUCGCGCUUGGUGUGGAUAUGUUUGAUUGCGUGUUUGCCUGCCGUACGGCGCGCUUUGGCUCCGCGCUCACCUCCACUGGGAAGAUUCAGCUCGGAAAGCGGCGCUACGCGAACGACUCCGGGCCACUUGAUGCGGCAUGCAACUGCAUGACGUGCAAAACCUACACCCGCGCGUAUCUGCAUACCAUCUGCGCCUCCAAGCACUCCAUCUCGGCCACUCUUCUUUCAUAUCAUAACAUUGCCUACCUGAUCAACCUCACGCGGGGGGCUCGGACGGCGAUUCUCGAGGGCCGCUUCACGGAGUAUGUGCAAGAUUUUUUCAUCUCUUAUUAUCCCGAAAAGAAUUAUCCUCAAUGGGUAGUGGAUGCACUGCGGUCUGUUAACAUCGAAUUAAAGUGA